CCUAGCGGCAGCUCGGCUUAACACAACGCGGCGUGGAUCUAACUGUUAUUUGAGGCCAAUUGCUUUGUAGUCUUUUGUGAAGUAUGAGUCAAACUAAUUCCUAAACUCGUGUCUCCUCUCCACUCUUUGCGUGCUCAUGUCUACCCCCCUUCGCUCUGUUGCUACGUUGAGGCCCUGCCCUUUCUGUGUGAUUCCGCCGACCGGCUUCCUGUGUUUGCGCGACUCUAAGCUCGAUCUGGCGGAGAGAGAAUCGGGACCCAAGGCUAGGCUAGCCUGCCACCUCAACAUGGAGUAGUUUUGUCUCCUCGACAACAAAAGUAGAGCAUUGCCGUGAAUUAUCAUCGGCACUUUUUACACUGCUGAGGGAGCGGCCGCAAAUGUGGAGAUACGGCUUCGAGGAUACCCUGUCACUGUAACGGAAGGAUAGACAUUGCGAUUUUUAUUUAUUAUUAAAAAGAUGGCGAACGACUCCCCGGCUAAAAGUCUGGUAGACAUAGAUCUCUCCUCAUUGCGGGAUCCUGCCGGGAUUUUUGAAUUGGUGGAAGUGGUAGGAAAUGGAACCUAUGGACAAGUAUACAAGGGCCGACAUGUCAAAACCGGACAGCUCGCCGCCAUCAAGGUCAUGGACGUCACGGAGGAUGAAGAGGAGGAGAUUAAGCUGGAGAUUAACAUGCUGAAGAAGUACUCCCAUCACAGAAACAUUGCCACCUACUAUGGAGCUUUCAUCAAGAAGAGUCCACCUGGGAAUGAUGACCAGCUUUGGCUGGUGAUGGAGUUCUGUGGAGCUGGCUCCAUCACAGACCUGGUGAAGAACACAAAGGGAAACACACUCAAGGAGGACUGGAUCGCAUAUAUCUCCAGAGAGAUCCUCAGGGGCUUGGCCCAUCUGCAUGCUCACCAUGUCAUCCAUCGAGAUAUAAAGGGCCAAAACGUCCUGCUGACGGAGAAUGCGGAGGUCAAGCUGGUGGACUUCGGUGUGAGCGCCCAACUGGACAGAACAGUGGGCAGAAGGAACACCUUCAUUGGCACACCCUACUGGAUGGCACCAGAAGUCAUCGCCUGCGAUGAGAACCCCGACGCCACAUACGACUACAGGAGUGACCUGUGGUCCUGUGGCAUCACAGCUAUUGAGAUGGCUGAAGGGGCCCCACCGCUGUGUGACAUGCAUCCCAUGCGAGCCCUGUUCCUCAUUCCCAGAAACCCUCCUCCGAGACUCAAGUCCAAGAAAUGGUCUAAGAAGUUCUUCAGCUUCAUCGAGGGCUGCCUGGUGAAGAACUACACUCAGCGGCCGCCCACGGACCAGCUGCUGAAGCACCCCUUCAUCCGGGACCAGCCCAACGAGAGGCAGGUGCGCAUCCAGCUCAAAGACCACAUCGACCGCACGCGCAAGAAGAGAGGGGAGAAGGAUGAGACUGAGUACGAGUACAGUGGCAGUGAGGAGGAAGAGGAGGAUCCCCCUGAAGCAGAGGGAGAGCCCAGCUCGAUUGUUAAUGUGCCGGGGGAGUCGACCCUGCGGAGGGACUUCAUCCGGCUGCAGCAGGAGAACAAGGAGCGCUCAGAGGCGCUGAGACGCCAGCAACUCCUGCAGGAGCAGCAGCUCCGCGAGCAGGAGGAGUACAAGCGCCAACUACUGGCCGAACGGCAGAAGCGCAUCGAGCAGCAGAAGGAGCAGAGGAGACGGCUUGAGGAGCAACAGCGGCGUGAACGGGAGAUGCGGAGGCAGCAGGAACGGGAGCAGAGGAGGCGCGAGCAGGAGGAGAAGAGGCGCAUGGAGGAGAUGGAGAGGAGGCGCAAGGAGGAGGACGACCGCAGGAGAGCCGAAGAGGAGAAGAGGAGGAACGACCGCGAGCAGGUGCGUGCGCCACCACAGGUACGCCACGAGCAGGUGCGUGCGCCACCACAGGAGUAUAUCCGACGUCAGCUGGAGGAAGAGCAGCGGCACCUGGAGAUCCUGCAGCAGCAGCUUCUCCAUGAGCAGGCCAUGCUACUGCAGGACGAUCGCUUCCGAAAGACCGCGCAGGGCUCCCCCCAGACCGCCCCACCCAAGCAGCCCCCUGUCCCGCCUCGCUCCGAGCCCUUCUCAAACGGGAACUCCGAGGUCAUGCACAGGCCUAUGGAACCACAGGUGCAGUGGUCCCAGCUGGCCGCUCUAAAGAGCAACGCCGCUCCCCCUGUCUCUCGCUCGCACUCGUUCAGCGACCCUAUCCCCAGUCUGUCUCACCUCCACCUGCGCUCUCAGGAGCCCCACCACCCCGGCCAGCACCACCAGCAGCACCACCCUGCCCGCACUGACCUCCCGCAGCCCCCCCACGCCCCCCAGCCUCCCCUGGGCCAGGAGGAGGUGCCUCCGAGGGUUCCUGUGCGGACCACGUCCAGAUCUCCAGUGCUGUCACGUAGAGACUCGCCUCACCAGGGCGGCCAGCACCCCAACCAAUCAGGACAGAGGACCACUGGAAGCAGUGCGGAGCCCCGGCUGCUAUGGGAGCGUGUGGAGAAGUUGGCCCCUCGGCCGGGCAGUGGCAGCUCCUCUGGCUCGGCCAGCUCCCAGACCGCUCACAAUAGCUCAGGAGACAAGUUCAGAGCACGCUCGUCCUCCAAGUCUGAGGGUUCUCCCAUGCAGCGUCCAGAGCAUGCUGGGAAGAAGACUGAGGAGAAGAAGGACUUCGUCCGACCCACUCGCCCGGCGGGGGAUGUGGACCUGACGGCGCUGGCGAAGGAGCUGCGAGCGGUGGAGGACGUGCGGCCGCCUCACAAGGUGACCGUGACCGACUACUCCUCCUCCAGCGAGGACUCGGCCACCAGCGAGGAGGAGGAGGUCGACCAGGACCCCGGCGACGAGUCGACGUCCGGCACGGAGGACUCCAGGGCUGGGUCCUCCAAGCUCAGUAAUGGUGAGACAGAAUCUGUGAAGACCAUGAUUGUUCACGACGAGACUGAGAGUGACCCUGCCACCACACCCUGCAAAGAUGGCACUUUAAUUGUCCGACAGAGCGCGAGCGAGCUCAAGCGGCUGGCUGCGGCCGCCGGCGCCGGUUCUCCCGGGGCUCCGGGCCUGAGCGGCUCGCCUCACGAGCGCAACGGCUACGCGGGCCGCGCCCACCUCCUGCCCGACCUCCUGCAGCAGAGCCACCACUCCCCCAACUCCUCCUCCAUGGCCUCCAGCUCCCCCUCCUCCUCCAGCCACGCCAGCCUCUCCAUGUCCCCUCUCGCCCCCCUGGAUAAGCUGGCUGCCGGCGAGACCCAGUCGGCCAGUAACACUCUUCAGAAACACAAGUCCUCGUCCUCAUUCACCCCCUUCAUCGACCCGCGCCUGCUCCAGAUCUCGCCCUCUGCUGCCGCCUCGCUCAACAACAUGGUUGGCUUUGUUGGUGACGUCCGACUCCCAGAUCCUUCACGCAAGGGCUCCGUGGUCAACGUCAACCCGGUCAACACUCGCCCUCAGAGCGACACGCCCGAGAUCCGCAAAUACAAGAAGAGGUUCAACUCCGAGAUCCUGUGUGCCGCACUGUGGGGCGUGAACCUGCUGGUGGGCACAGAGUCUGGUCUGAUGCUGUUGGACCGCAGUGGUCAGGGGAAGGUCUACCCCCUCAUCAACCGACGACGCUUCCAGCAGAUGGACGUGCUCGAGGGACUCAACGUCCUCGUAACCAUCUCAGGGAAGAAGAACAAGCUGCGUGUGUACUACCUAUCCUGGCUGAGGAACAAAAUCCUGCAUAAUGACCCAGAGGUGGAGAAGAAGCAGGGUUGGGUCAACGUGGGAGACCUGGAGGGCUGUGUGCAUUACAAAGUUGUGAAAUAUGAACGAAUCAAGUUCUUGGUUCUUGCCUUGAAGAACGCUGUGGAAGUGUAUGCGUGGGCCCCAAAGCCCUACCACAAGUUCAUGGCCUUCAAGUCCUUUGGUGACCUCGUCCACAAGCCCCUGCUGGUUGACCUGACUGUGGAGGAAGGUCAGAGGUUAAAGGUCAUCUAUGGCUCCUACUCGGGCUUCCAUGCCGUUGAUGUGGACUCUGGAGCAGUCUACGACAUCUACCUGCCGACACAUAUCCAGACGAGUAUCCAGUCUCACGCCAUCAUUAUCCUGCCCAACACGGACGGCAUCGAGCUGCUGGUGUGUUAUGAAGACGAGGGCGUCUACGUCAACACCUACGGCCGCAUCACCAAAGACGUGGUGCUACAGUGGGGAGAGAUGCCCACAUCUGUUGCGUACAUCCGCUCCAACCAGAUCAUGGGCUGGGGAGAGAAGGCCAUCGAGAUCCGCUCGGUGGAGACCGGACACCUGGACGGGGUCUUCAUGCACAAGCGUGCCCAGAGACUCAAGUUCCUGUGCGAGCGCAAUGACAAGGUGUUCUUUGCUUCAGUGCGUUCUGGCGGCUCCAGCCAGGUGUACUUCAUGACGCUGGGUCGCAGCAACCUGUUGAGUUGGUAGAGCACCACCAUCGCCCCAACGGCCCACAAACUGACCUCAACAACCCUGACUACGACCAUAACGAUGACCACGAUUAUGAUGAAGAAUAUUCUAGGACUGGAGCUUUGUGCUUGUGCAUAGCGGCAGGGCUCGGCACCGUUGGAGGCUGACCCUCAUUCAGCCUUUAGAGACAGACAACGGCAUUGUCCAAUCACAGCUCUGACUCUGGCUUCAGGCCCCACCUCUCUUUAAAUCCUGGCCAGUCAGGAGGCUCUUUUUCUAGAUAUGCUAGUAUAUAUACACGCGUCUUUCACUUGGAUUGACAGCUGGUGGCUGGUUUCUGUGUGUCUGAGGUAGAUGAGGGAGGGAGAGGGAGGGGUUAUCGGGCUCUGUAAUCUCCAGUGAGUCCACUCUUACCUGACAGAGCCCAGUCGCGUAUCAUACUGUAUAUUCUCCUACAGGGCUAAACGUUAUUGUUUUUUUUUUUUUUUUUUUUUGUUUUUUGUUUUU